UGGUAGACAAAUCUACCAGCCCAGGAUGCCGCACUCCUGGGUCUCCAGGCUCCUCAGCGUCUUGCCCGGUCUGCUUCUUAGCAUCUUGGCAGGUCUCCAACAGGUAACUGGUGGAUGCCAACUGCACAUCUUCUGCCCUGAAGGAUUUGAGUGCUGUGGCAAUAGCUGCUGCGUGAAGACAGAACAUUUCUCUGGCCCCAUGAGGACAUUUGUCAUCAGCUUCCUGGUCAUCAUCCCUCUUCUCUGUAUCUGUGGCUUGUCCAAGCGUUUGUGCCGAGCUUGCUGGGUCUCAGGGUCGGAGCCCUCAACCCAGCAGGAGGUGCCAAUGUCAGUGUCCUUCAGCAACCCUCCUGUGUCCCCUGAGACUCUAGCACCUGCCCCAUUUGGACCCCCACCACCCUACAGUGAGGUCAUUCAGAAGCCAGUCCUGUGCCCACCAGCUCCCAGGGAGCCACCACCACCCUAUACCCCCACGUCUGUUGUGACAACCCAAAGCACCGAACGGGGAAUCAUCAAUCCAGCCUUCUGAGGCAUGUUGGGAUGCCCUACAAGCUUGAGACUUAACUUAUUUCUCUCCUUGCCUCUGCCUGUUCAAGGGUGUCCUUGCUCCUAGGAGCCCUGGGCAUUACCUGGCCUGGGAAUCCUCUCCUUUUCUUAGAGCUUUAAGGAUGGAGGGAGAGAGAGAGACAAAUUUCAACCCAUGUUAAGAAAGGCAGCUCUCUAACAAUGGAAGAGGACUUCUUUGACACUCAGUAUGUUUACGAAGAGGCUGGAUGAUUGGUCACCUGUCAUACUGUCCUAGAAUGCUGAAAUGAAGAUUGCUGCAGGUGGAAAGAGACCUUGGACUUGAGAGAUAGCCUUCCCCAACGUCAGAUGGAGUGGGCUGAGAUCCUGUCCAGAAUCUCUUGGCUUUUGUGUGCUUGGAGGUUGGGUGGUGGCUUUAAAUAAGUCAAGCAAAGUCAUUCUCUGGCAUGAACAAGAUAUGCCUAGCCUGCUGCCCUACAAUGCCUGAAGUUCCCCCAUUAGAGAGCCAUUCCUUUGGUUAAAGCCUUGCACCCAGCUGUGGGUUUUCUGUGGACAGAGUAACUCUUUAAUGUAAAG